AUGGCUGCGAUGAAUACUAUCUCUGAGUUGAAGCCUUUCAAAAGCAUGUGGAAGGUGCAAGUCAAAAUUAUCCGCCUUUGGAAACAGUAUUCGGCUGCGGGUGGUGAGACUAUCGAAAUGGUCUUUGUCGAUGCUAGAGGAGACAAGAUUGCUGGAACUGUGAAAAAAGAACUGGUGGGGAAAUUCGAUCGUGUGCUGCAGGAGGGUGAAACAAAAGUUCUUAUCAAUUUCACGGUUACCCAUUCAACUGGUUCUUAUCGAACCACCAGCCAUCCAUUCAAGAUUGUUUUUCUCCCAACUACCCGUGUACGUAUUUGUGAGGAAUUGCCCAACAACUUAACUGGAUUGAAUCCUGUUAAAUUUCGUGAUGUUCUCAAUGGUGUCCUCGAUGAUGAUUACUUGAUUGAUGUAAUCGGCCAGAUUGUUGAAGUUUCUCAGAUGGAGAUUGUGUCUGUUAGUGGGAAAGACACACAUAAGAUAUCUGUUGAACUACGCAAUGAAGAAGAUGAACGUCUCCCACUGGUAUUAUGGGGGAAGUUUGCUGAGGAUGUUAGCAAUGCAAUUCAGUUGCGUAGUGAGCAGUCCAUUGUUUGUGUUUUGCGAUUUGGGAAAAUUAAAGUUUGGAAAGAGGAUCGUAGCAUCUCCAACGCCUAUAAUGUCUCUAAUGUUGCGUUGAAUCCACAAAUGGAUGAGGUCCAAGCAUUCAUGAGUUUGCUACCAAAGGAUGAUUUGGCAUUAGCCAUUCUUGACUCUAAGUCAAAUGCUGUGGUUCCUGGUGUUAAGGAACGGGAUGAAUUUUUUCAUCGCACUCCUAAGAAAACUAUUGUCCAGGUUUUGGAAUCCAAGCAGGUAUUUUCAAUCUCAUGUGGAGAGUGUAUUGUCAUGGCUUCAAUUGCGGCCAUUGAUUCUGACAUGGGCUGGUAUUACUUAAGUUGUAAGGUGUGUGCGAAAAAGGUAUUGACAGUGCCUAAUGACAUGGAAGAUGAAGAUGAGUUCAAUGUUGGCGGUCACAAUUACUAUUGUGUGAAGUGCAAAAAUGCCAACCCAAUUCUGUUGCUGGGGUACAAAUUGCAUUUGGUUGUACUUGAUGCAACAAAUAACACCAAGUUCCUGCCGUUUGAUAAUCUUGCACUGCAACUUCUACACAAACCAUGCAUUGAGCUAACUAGCAUCAAACCGAUCGGCCCAUAA